ACCUCGGCAGUUGAAUGGCUCAACUGCACUUUCGAGGCCCCGAAGCGAUGGCCCAGCGAUCGCGGGCCUCGCUUACUGAUCAGCCUUUGCGGAUCACACAAGCACACACCGAUCGGAUCAAGUUGUACGUCUGUCCGCAAGACAAGAAGGCGCAGGCAAGACGCGGUUGAGCGAUCCGAAGGUGGGUUGAACGCCGAGCAAACAGGCGGUAGAGACGAGCCCGAUUUGACGCACACCUUCAAUGCAUCGGCCGACGUGUCGGAGAAGGACUCCAAUUGCAGCCUGUCCGCUUCGACGGAGACAUUACGAGGAGCCAUCGAGAGGGCAGCAAGUGGAGAAGAGAAGAAGAAGAAGAAAAAAGAAGAAGAAGUAGAUGAAGAAGAUGACAAUGAUGAUGAUGCUGAUGAAGAAGAAGAAUAUGAAGAAGAAGAAGAAUAUGAAGAUGAAGAAGAAGAUGAUGAAGAAGAAGAAGAAGUAGAAGAAGGUGAUGAUAAAGAUGAAGACGAAGAAGAAGAAGAAGAUGAUGAUGAUGAUGAUGAAGAAGAAGAAGAUGAUGAUGAUGGUGAUGAAGAAGAUGAAGAUGAAGAAAAAGAUGAUGAAGAAGAAGAAGAAGUAGAAGAAGAAGAUGAUGAAGAUGAAGACAAAGAAGAAGAAAAAGAAGAUGCUGCUGAUGAUGAUGAAGAAUAUGAAGAAGAAUAUGAAGAUGAAGAUGAAGAAGAAGAAGAAGAAGAAGAUGAUGAUGAUGAUGAAGAAGAAGAAGAAGAAUAA